AGUCCCUCCUAAAAACCCUAGUGCGAGCACCGAAACGAGAAAGGCCUCCCCGGCGAGAGAGGAGAGGCAGUCAUGGCGGAGUCCGAGCCCUCGAACCGAGCGCUGACGACCACUCGCUUCUCCGAGCUGAAGCCCCCUAUCUCGGAGCCCGUCAUCCAAGCCCUAACCGCUGCCGGCUUCCACCUCUGCACGCCGGUGCAAGCCGCGACCAUCCCCUUGCUCUGCUCCCAUAAAGAUGUCGCCGUCGACGCCGCUACCGGCUCCGGGAAAACCCUAGCCUUUAUCGUACCCUUUGUCGAGAUCCUCCGCCGAGGCCCCUCGCCCCCCAAAUCCCACCAGGUCAUAGGAAUGAUAAUCUCUCCAACGCGUGAAUUAUCAUCACAAAUAUACCAUGUUGCACAGCCUUUCUUCUCAACGAUGCCUAAUGUUAAAUCUAUGCUUCUUGUUGGAGGGGUGGACAUUAAAACGGACAUCUGGAAAUUAGAAGAUGAAGGUGCAAACAUUCUAGUGGGCACACCUGGAAAGCUGCAUGAUGUGAUGGAGCGUCUAGACAUCCUAGAUUUCCGGUCACUUGAGAUCCUUAUUUUGGAUGAGGCUGAUAGACUCUUGGAUAUGGGAUUUCAAAAGCAAAUUACAUCUAUCAUUUCUCACUUGCCGAAGCUCCGUAGGACAGGCCUUUUUUCAGCUACUCAAACGGAGGCAGUUGAAGAGCUCUCUAGGGCAGGAUUAAGAAAUCCUGUUAGGGUUGAAGUUCGAACAGAAGCUAAACCACUACAUACUUUGGAAUCUUCACAACAAUCAACCACUUCUAGAACACCUUUGGGACUUCAUAUUGAGUACCUGAUAUGUGAGGCAGAAAAGAAACCAUCACAGCUUGUUGGUUUCCUGUCACAGAACAUAUCAAAAAAGAUAAUUAUCUACUUCAUGACAUGUGCUUCUGUUGAUUACUGGGGGCUUGUUCUUCCGCAGCUCGCUGUUCUCAAAGGUUGUCCACUGAUUCCUCUUCAUGGGAAGAUGAAACAGAUUGCAAGGGAGAAAGCAUUAGCAUCAUACACGGCACUUUCAAGUGGUAUUCUGCUAUGCACUGAUGUAGCAGCAAGGGGACUUGACAUUCCAGGUGUUGAUUGGAUUGUGCAGUAUGAUCCCCCUCAAGAUCCUAAUGUUUUUGUACAUAGAGUUGGUCGGACUGCACGAAUUGGCAGACAAGGAAGUGCUAUUGUAUUUCUGUUACCAAAGGAGGAUGCUUAUGUGGAGUUCCUGCAGUUAAGAAGGAUACCUCUUAAAGAAAGGAAGUGUUUCAGUGAUGCCUUGGAUGUCAUUCCUCAGAUAAGAUCUGCUGCAAAAGAAGAUCGUGAUGUCAUGGAGAAGGGGCUUAAAGCAUUUGUGUCAUACAUCCGUGCAUAUAAAGAGCACCACUGCUCGUACAUCUUCAGGUGGAAAGAACUAGAAAUCGGGAAAUUGGCCAUGGGAUAUGGCUUACUGCAGAUCCCUUCUAUGCCAGAGGUGAAACAUCAUUAUCUCUCAGUUGACGGUUUUUCUCCUGAUGAUGAUAUUGAUGUUACUCAGAUUAAGUACAAAGACAAGGCUAGGGAGAAACAAAGGCAAAAGGCUUCACAAAGGAAGGAAGCAGAAUCCCAGCAGGGGCCAAAAUCAGAAAGAGUGAAGCAGAUCCCAAAUGGUUCUAUUCCUGUUACGAGGAAGAAAACAGGUAGGCAACGCAAAGUGACUCGGACAAAGGAGGAUGAUGAAGAGUUAGAUCAGGACUACCGCUUACUGAAAAAGCUAAAGAGGGGGGAGAUUGAUGAAAGCGAGUAUGAAAAGCUUACUGGUUUUGGAAUCUUUGAGGAACAGGGUUCAUCAGAUAGCAACGCAGAUGACCCUGGUGUGAAAACCUCUAUGGUAUACAAAAACAGAAAAUCAAAGCUAAAACAAAGAGGAAAUGCGAAAAAAUCUGGAGGAAGAAUGGGGGAUCGCAAAGGUACUAACCGCUUGAAGAUGAAGUCAAAAACCAAGAUCAAUAAAAGGAAGAAGUAACACGUUAUAAUAUGCCAUGCUGCUUUAUGAUUGCUUCUCGAUGAUUCAGAUUGAGUCGCAGAGAUUGUGCAACAUAUAAGCCGAAGUGACUUGAUUGAGCUGGAGCCAGAUCCAGCCAACGUGGAAAUAGCUAGUAGUGUCUUAUGAGUCAUCUUUGCACUAGACCCAUAGUGAGGCAGCCAUGCAGUUUUGGGCAUGUCGAUAGCUGUAGUCUUGCUGGGUGAUAUUGUUUUGUUCUAUGGCUUCUCAAAACAAUCCUUGGACUACUGAUCAAAAGUAAGGAUGCGACAUGGGCAGAAACAGGUCCAAAUUUUAAUGGAGGCAGUAACUCGAGUUUCCGCUUUUAAAGGUGCUAGGAGGAGGCUUGUUUCCCCUAUAAUUUAGUUUUGUUACAGCACUUCCCAAAUUCGCCAUCUUAAGAAGAUAGAGAACUGUGAACAACCUCAGGUAUCUACAGAGGGCUGUGUACCUAUCUGAAUUCUUGUGACAUUUAAGAUGCAAGAAUGGUGAGAAACGUUAUAUCUGCUUCUACUGGAGAGUUCAUGGAUCAAUUGAAUUGAAUUACUUUUAUUGGUAAUUUAUGGUAGAUGUGGUUAAAUUAGGACGGCAGCAUCCGCAACUGCGAGCUUGAUCUAGCAUCCAUAUUCACCAUAUCAGUCACAAAAAUUAGUCAUUUUCCAGCUUGUAUUGUUGUAAGGAGCCACUUUGUAAUGACUUGUCGACUCUACGGCAAUCACAGGAAACCUGAUCAAAAUUUUCCGAAGAAUUUGAUAUGGCUAACAAUGUAAAAGCAAAUAUUUAUUUGGUCAGGUUUUGCAUCCUUCUCUCAA